GGUUGGAGAGUAUGGUAACAUGCAAAUUACGAAAUUAUAACCACGAAAAGAAACGAAUUAUUAAGUCCAAUCAGCCAUGCUUGAUGGGGUGCCAGAAGUCAAUGAAAGUUGAAUGAACUAAAAGAAAUGGAAGAGAAGAUCAAAUGGAAAGAGCCAAUCAAUGGAUUCAAUACAUUUUUUACCGAAGAAAGUUAUAGACGUAUGGUAAAGGAGGAGACAUUUGAGAGCAAAUUGUUGUCGAGUAUAAAUGCCCUCAAAUUAAAGUCGGCAGCAUUAUUGGAAGCAUCAAAUAAUGAAGAAGAAAACACACAGAAUAAAUUUCAAGAAGAGAAAGAUGAAGAAUAUUAUUUGCCAAAUAAAGAUAUGCUUACACAUAGAAAAGCUGGUUUACAACAGAAAUCCUCAUUAUCUAAAUUUGAACAACGGAAAUACAUCGAUCUCUUUCUCAAGUUACGGCACAAAACAUAUCAAGUUGGUCAAAAUCUGUCAAAUGUUGAAAAAAAAGAAUUGGCUGAUUUUGAGGCCCUACAGAUCAGAGUAACAACAGAACAGUCUCAGUUUUUAAACAAUUUGAGAGAAGUCUCCAACAACCAGGGUGUCUACACGUUUUUAUCACCAGCCGGUCGAAGAUAUUUUCAGGAAAGACAACACGAAAAACUGAAAAUAGUAGAAGAAUUACCUAGACACUAUAUCAACAUCAAUAAGACGUUACCUUUAGCAAUACAAGUUAAUAUUGAUACACCACCACCAACACUUCAGUUUGUAAAGACAUUAGCAGAACUGGGUUCAGCUCCAAAAAUAACUCUACCUACUUUAAUAGUGAAUGAGAAAAAAAUGAUUCCAAUGGAGUAUGAUAAAAUAGCAGCACAAUAUCCACCAGUACAUAUUCAAAAAGUUGAAGGAAAAUUCAAUCACGAGGUUUGCAGUAAAGACAGUAAUUGUGAGGUUUUAGCGUGUAAAACAUUCAGUCAUAUUGUUGUGUGUACCAGUGUGUUACGAUGUCUAGUUAAUAACCACGCCCCAGACUUUAGUCGUACCUGGGAAAUACCCUUCACUGUUAAAGUACAUGACGUGGAAUAUCAAGGAAAGAUUGUUAAACAAAAAGUGGUGUAUUUCGAUAAACCUUUACCACAAAAAAACUUGACUAUGCGUGAUAAAAAUACAUUGCAUCAUAAAUAUGCGCUUAGAGCAUUCCUUGCCAAAGUUAAUCGAAAAAAUAUCAAUUUGCCGAAAGAACCCCUAAAACACACCAUGCCAACAACAUGUGUGAAAUCAAAAGUAGGUGACAAUUCUAAAACGUCUAAGGUUGACGAUGAUGACCUUUUUGGUGAUACGUGUAUGGACGAUGUCGAAACUUUUGGAGGCGAUGUAUCUCCUGUAAAUAAGAGCUCCAAAGAGUUAACAGAUUUCUCGCAAAAGAAGAAAUGUACACCUCCAAAGCCUGUUGGUCCUCGAAAAACUUCAAAAGGGGAUAAUGAUUUUUUCAGUGAUACGAAUAUUGAUGACAUUGAGACAUUUGGAGAUUCUGUAAAACCUGAAAAUUUAAAACUGAGAGUUUCAACCCGAUCUAAAACUAAAUGCGAGCAGACGAAAGGUACAAAGACUCCCCCUGAACCACCUCCUUCAACGUCUGGAAGUACGAGCAAUAAAUCAAACACACUAGAUGUUGAAGAACUGAAUAAAGAUUUGUUCGGAUCUGAAAGUGAAACAGACACAAGAAGUGUGAUGGGUGAAAGAAGUCCCAUUGAUAAAGCAGACACAGUAAGUAAGGGAGGUAAUUCAGAUAUAACAAACAUUAAAAAUACAGAACUGAUAGAGAAUGUAGAAAAAUCACAAGAUAAGAUACCGGAGAUAGGAUUGAAAUCUGAACAUUGGAAAGAAACAUCAGAAAGCCAGACACCAGGCGUUACGGAGGAUGACGCUGGAAAAAACUUAGACAAGAAAUUACCAGUUGACGAAUCAAGUCUUUCUGAAUUGUCUGAUAUUGAGCCACACACUGUAGAUGGUAGAGAAAUUAAGAUCGGUGUUGAGUCUAAAAUAAAGUCACAUAUUGAUACUGUGUCCGAUGCACCUAUGACAUCUGGAUGUGAUUCGGAAAUGGAUAAUUUAAUAAUUGAUGCACCAGCAUGUGACAAACCAAGGAAAAUAGUCCCAAAUAUGGACGAUACAGAUUCAUCCGACACAGAUGCUAAUUUGGUUAUCGAUAUUGAUGAAUCCAAUCAAAAAAUUCUUAAAAAACGUAAAGUGGAGGAAAUAUUCUCACCCAAUGAAAGCAUGGAUGAAAAUUUUAUUUGUAAUCCGUCCCCAAUCCGAGUGAUCAACUUGACUAAAAAAGAUAGAAAUGUACCGAACAGAAAUAAUAGUGCAAUUUUCAAACAAAAAUGGAGGUUGCGACGGCUGUCUUCAGGUGGUGAGACAAGUACGCCUUUAAACGGUAAUGUUGUUAGAUUGCGCAGUGGGCGAUUAAUCAAUUCAGACGCAAGUGCGGAUGAAAGGUCUUCUGUGGGAACUACGAGUCAGUCGGAUUCUGAAAGUGUCUUCACUCCCCCUAAAAAGCCACGCAAAAUGGAGGAAAUAUGUUCCCCUGACGUCAUUACACCAGACGAUGGUAGUGAAUUUCCUGUAAAAGUUAUCCCCCUUGAUCCUCAGGAAUACGGUCAAAUCAUCAUGUUGAAGAAUAAGCCAAAGAGGAAAAGAUGCGUACGCAGGUCGUCAGUAGAGAAAGAGACUCCACGAAUAUUAAGAUCACGUAAUAGAAGUAUUAGUACAGAAUCAGGUGAUAAUGAUGGGAGUGAUAGUGUUGUCUCUGACGAGGGGUCGUUAGAUUCUGUUGUUAAACAGAGGAGAAGAUCAGCUAGAUUACAGACGUCAAUUAAGGAGGAGACAACACCAGUUAUCAAUGAGCAGAAAUCAAUCGCUAAAAAUAGAAACAGAAAAGAAAAACCGGAAAUUGUCAAUGUCCCAAGCAUGGAACAAUGUGACAUUAAAACUGAAGAAUUACCUACUAAAAGAAAACGUGGACGUCCAAGAAAGAAACGUGUAGAAAACUGUGAAUCUAUUACUGCAGACGUUGAACUAAAUUUAAUAGAAAAUAUCAGUACUGAUGUCAAACCAGAUGUAGCAGACGGACAGGAAAUGGAAACCAUGACGACAGGUACAAUAAUCAACAGGCAUGAUGAAAUGCAAAAUGAUGUACCAACAGAAACAAAACCAGUGAAAAACUCAAUUUCAGUUGAAACCAACGAUUCCCAAGGGAAUUCAACAUUAGCAGACAGGAUGAGUGUAAACUUGAAAUCAGAAACUAGAAAAAACAACCCACUGUUUGUAUUAGAUAAAGUUGAAGAGAAAUCAAGAAUGGGUGAAAAAGUUCUAGAACAAAACAAGGAAAGACAACCCAUAUUACUCGAUAAAACCACUGCCAAGUCCAAGGAAAGGAAAUCUCAUGUUAUGGCAGCUGAUUCAGAGAAGACAGAUAAAAACGCACAGAUAUCGAAAGAUAAAACAACUGUUGAUAUACCUGGAGAUCAACAACAAACACAAAGUAGGUUCUAG